AAAGAUUAGAAGGGACCAUUAACAGCCACUUGAGUCAAGAUGUUGGGCAAAGGAGCGUUGUUUUCAGUGGCAACAAUCUUAAUUACAAUCCAGGCUAUAGAAUCAAAAGUUAUAUUCAACGAGUAUGUGGAUGUUAAUGGGACUGAUUUGUACAUCAGUACAGCACUUAAAUCAAGAGAUUCAGCCAAAAUUGACUGCCAAUCGAGAAACAUGAGUUUGAUUUCAUUUGAUCGGAGUGGCGAGUGGCAGUCGGUCAGCUCGUGGAUUCUCGGAAGUGCUUUUGUUAAAGACUGGUUUUGGACGAGCGGGUUGCGACCCAGCGGUUCGCAGACUUGGCAGUGGGAGUUGACCGGCGAGGGAAUUGGUGAAUUUUUCUGGGCUGCCGGGCAGCCGACCGAGGCUGAUAAGACCACCAGCAUUUGUAUCAAUUUCAACGUCAACUUUGGUGGCUGGGACGACGACGAAUGCGUUAAUUAUUCGUUGGGGCACAUUUGUGAACCUCUUUAGAAUUAUUCAGACAACCAUUACUAAUUUCUUAUUUGUAAAAAUGAAAUUGAAAUAAUUAUAAAAUAAAAAAAAAAAUUACUAAUUUUUGUAAUUUUAUGAAAGAUUUCUAACAUUUGUAAAUUGUUGUGUCAUUUUCACUGAUAAGGAGUUUUUGUUUCAUCCGAGUGAAUAUUCGACAAAAUCUAUAUCAACAGGUCUCCAAACAGAUAAGUUAUGAACUUGAAAUGUGGGGAAAUAGCUAAAUAUGAAAGAAACAAAUGUUUCUCACAGUUUUAAAAUCAGUCAAUCGCCAUGUUUGGGAGACAGACUUGCAGAUAUGCGCUUCACCUGGUAUUUAUCUUCUCCAGUGUUUUGCAGAUUUCGUUAGGACUGGAGAACAAGUCGGAAGGAAGUUUCCGCGAUUAUGUAGAGAUUGAGGGAAUUACAUACUACGUUUCUACUGGAUUUGUAAAUAGGGAAAAUGCGUUCAGUGAAUGCAGGGUCAGAGGCAUGAACCUCGUUUCGUUUGAGGGAGGGCAGUGGAUGAGCGUUGCCUCUUGGCUGAGAAACAAUGGCCUUUCAAACAAUUGGUUCUGGACGGGUGGUUUAAGGCCAGAAAAUUCACCAACCUGGAUUUGGGAAUCAAGUGGACAGCCGAUUACCGAUUUCCACUGGGAACAUGACCAACCGUCGGGAAAUGGAAGCACAUCACGUUUUUGCAUAGAUUUCAAUCUGGACUUUGGAGGUUGGGACGACGAUGACUGCCUCAGCAAUUACUAUUUUGGCUACAUUUGCAAAUGAAAUUAUCUAAAUAUCUUUUAUUUUGCUUUCCUCUCUCAACAAUUGUAAUAAAUCAACACAAGACAAUAAUUAUAUUUCAAUCUGAUUUUUAAAAUCUCCUGUAUUCGUAUUGAAAUCAAU